CUUCACAAAAUCUGCCCCAUCGUCCCUCCAUUCUCUCCCACUCUCUAAAAACAUCUCUGAGAAAGGUAAAGGGAAAAACGCCCAAAUUUCCCGAACCCUACAAUUUACAAAAUCAUCAGAAAUCCAUCGUAUAAUUUCAAUUAGCCACCCAUACUCCAAUUCCCCCUUCGCACUUCCGACCUCCUCCCCCGCCGCCGCCCUACAAAUCUGCCCUCGACGUUGACCUCCCCCGCCGCCUUCGUUUCCGUUCACUUGCCGGUUCGUUUCGCUCUUCCGUUUCCCUGAACAAAAUCGACGCUCUACCAUUAAUUCGUUUUCCUUGCUUUUCUGUUCCUGUCAAUAUUCUUUUUGUCACUCCUCUAUAACUAAGAAAAAAGAAUGGCGAGACAAUCCCGAUUUUGGGUUUUCUCCGUCGGAUUGCAUUUAGGGUUUCUCCACUGAAUCAAUUUCCUUGCAAGUCAAAUGGACUGAUUAAUGAUGCUCCUAGUCUUUCCCAGCCAUGCCGAAGCUGAUUGUGAUAUGUCAGUCGGGAGGUAAGUUUGUCGCAGCGGGGAACGGCGUCCUGUCCUACUCCGGCGGAGAAGCACACGCGUUGAGCAUCAGCCGUGAGAGCAAGUUCGAUGAAUUGAAGGGAGAGAUGGCCGAGAUGUGGAAGUACGAUCCUAACUCCAUCAUCGUCAAGUACUUCGUCCCAAACAACAACCGGACGCUUAUCACCGUCUCCUCCGACAAGGACUUGCAGCGCCUGCUCGAUUUCCAUGAGGAUUCCGGCACGGUCGACGUCUACGUCCUUACCAAUGCAGAAGCCGCCGCCAAUGAGACUGCUCUUACCACAACUUCCAUAGGUAAGUCUGCCAAGGCAACUGCGUCCAGAUCUCGAGCUGCAGCUGCAAGCCGCAGGAGAGCCAGGGAGGAAGCAGCACUAGGCAGAGAGCAAGAGCAGCAGGUCGCUACCGCAGAGCUCGAGCAAGCACAAGUGAUGAACGUAGGAGAGGCCGCAACCUUGACUGCAGCACCUGGUAGCCCGCUGAACAUCACUCCGGUAGCAAGCAUCAUCACCGACGGUACCCCAGCCCCACCACGGCAGAUGAGGACUAGCACGCCAUGUGCUCUCGACGUGAUCGGAGAGCAGAAGCUUCAGAAAGUGUGGGAGACCUGCGUCACUGGACUCCACCAGCAGUUCAACAAUGUUGGUGAAGUACGUGAAGCUUUUCGCCGUUACUCCCUCGCUCAAGGGUUCACCAUCAAGUUCAAGCACAAUGAUUCCAUGCGAGUGAGCGCAAAGUGCAAGGCCGAAGGUUGCACGUGGAGGAUUUACGCCUCCAAACUGUCCACCACUCAGUUCUUCCGAACCAAGAAGUUUAUCGACACCCACACCUGUGGUGCUGGCACUGCCUCCGCAGCACCUCCUCAUGCAUCCAGAAAACUGGUCGCAACCAUUGUAAAAGAGAAGCUGCUCAGCACUCCCAACUUCAAACCUAAAGAAAUCGCCAAAGAGAUACAGGAGGAAUUUGGGAUUGAGCUGAGAUAUUCCCAGGCUUGGCGAGGAAUGGAAGCUGCAAGGCAGGAGCUACAAGGCUCUUACAAAGAAUCAUAUAAUCUGCUCCCAUGGCUGCGCGAGAAGCUGGUGGAGACCAAUCCAGGUAGCGUCGUUUCCCUCAAUACCUCCGACGACUCAACAUUCCGCCGCUUCUUUGUCUCCAUGCACUCUUCCAUAUUUGGUUUCGAGAAUGGCUGCCGUCCUCUUAUUUUCCUGGACGAGAUGUCGGUGAGGUCAAAGUACCAAUCGGAGCUACUCACCGCAACAGCAAUCGAUGGGAAUGAUGGGAUUUUCCCGGUGGCGUUUGCCGUGGUGGACACCAUUAACGAGGAGAACUGGCACUGGUUUCUCGAGCAACUCAAGUCUUCUCUUUCCAUGUCACAGUCUAUCACCUUUGUCUCGGAUCGACAGAUAGGUUUGAGACAAUCUAUCGCCAUGCUUUUCCAAAACUCCUACCAUGGCUUCUGCGUCCAACGGCUUUCGGACGAGUUGCUGAAGGAUCUCAGAGGGCCGUACACUCAAGAAGUCGUCGAUGUCCUUGUUGCUCACAUGUAUGAUGCUGCCAGGGCAUCUACUCGGGAAGGUUUUUUGAAAUCCAUGGACAGUAUCAAGAGCAUUUCCCCGGAAGCUUGGGAAUGGAUACUGCAGAGCGAGCCGGAACACUGGGCCAACCACAUCUUUGUGGGAUCACGCUACAACCAUAUCUCGUCAGGAGUCGCGGAGUCGUUCUACAGCUGGGUUCCUGAGAUUCAAAUGCCAAUCGUCCAGUUCGUGGACACGAUUCGGCAGAAGAUUAUGGAGCUUAUCUACACCAGAAAGGUGGAAUCGGAGCAGUGGGUUUCUCGAGCGACUCCAAUCUUGGAAGAGAAGCUCCAGAAGGAAAUAAUGAAGGCGCAGUCGCUGCAGGUGUUUGCGUCCCAGACGGCAGAGAACACCUUCGACGUGAGGGAUUACUUUGGUUCGGUCAACCACACGGUCAAUGUGGAGUUGUGGAGUUGUUCUUGUAGGGAUUGGAGACACAAUGGAUACCCGUGCUCGCAUGCCGUGGCUGUGCUUCAGGGGAUCGGAAGGGAUCCGUAUGACUACUGUGCCAAGUACUACUCGACGGAAGCUUUUCGGCUGACGUAUAGGGAACCCAUCAACCCGGUUGCCACGACGAAUCGUCCAGUGCACGGAGGAGGGUUGGUUUCGGUACUAGUGCAGCCACCAGCUCUGCGUAAACUGUCGGGACCGCCGAAGCAGCGGAGGAUUAGGAAUAAAGGGGUGAUCAAACGUCCAUUGCACUGCAGCAAGUGCAAAGGAGCAGGGCACAACAGAGCUACUUGCCAUGUUUUCUCCUAGGCAUGAUGUAGUGUUAUAGGUUGACAAUCAGAUCUGUCUUUUUUAUUUUAAUUAGCCUAAUUUUAUGAUGAUCCUAGGAUUUAGUGGAGUUGGAGCUUGCCUGAAAAUGCUUUGCGGGGUGAGAUGCGCUUAAAAUGUUCUACUAGUUAGUUUUUUUCCAGAGAGAUGUCAAGUAAACAAUAUUAGGACGGAAAGAACAUUCCCAAAUUUCUUACAAACGACUCUUUAACUUCAAAUAAAUAAAUAAAUAAAUGAAAUAGGCAUGAUUUA